AUGGAUUCAAUGCCUUUUGGACUCCCAACCCCUCGCGCUGAGGUCUUCAAGUCAUUCGACUCGCCCUUCGGCUCACCCUUCGAAUCAAAACAUGUUGAGCAUAUCACCAUCCCCAUCGUAGAGUCCCAGGAGGAGCAUCUCCCCAACGGCAUCUCAGAGACCCAGGAGGAGCUGGAGUCAAAAUGGUUCAUUGGCAGCAUAGAUUGCGGAACCACCUCUUCGCGCUUCCUCAUCUUCAAUGGGGAAGGGAACCCCGUUGCGAGCCACCAGAUUGAAUUUCGCAACCAGUUUCCGCAGUCAGGGUGGCAUGAACACGAUCCAGAGGAAUUAGCUGCUACCGUCGAAGAGUGCAUUGAGAAGGCGACAGAGCGGUUCUUCGACCUGGGCUACACCAAGUCCAACAUCAAAGCCAUUGGUAUCACGAACCAGCGAGAAACGAUCAUCUGCUGGGAUACCAACACCGGCAAGCCCUUAUAUAACGCCAUCGUCUGGCCCGAUACUCGCACCACGGGCAUCGUCCGCGAGCUCAAGAAGCGCAAAGGCGCAGAUGAGUUGCCACAACUGUGCGGUCUGCCGCUCUCCACCUACCCCGCAAGCGUCAAAUUCCUGUGGCUCUACGAAAACGUAGAAGCAGUCAGGAAGGCCUAUGAUGAAGGCAGAUGCUCUUUCGGGACCGUCGACACCUGGUUGAUAUACAAGCUGAAUGGUGGGAAAGAGGGAGGUGUCCACGUGACAGACACCACCAACGCCUCCCGAACCAUGUUCAUGAAUCUGCACACGCUCCAGUAUGAUGAUAAGCUGCUCGACUUUUUCAAGCUCGACAGGAAGAACAUCACUCUCCCCAAGAUUGUCCCUUCAUCCGACAAGGAUGCCUUCGGCGCGCUGGCAUCCGGCCCCCUAAAGGGCAUCAAGAUCACGGGCUGUCUCGGUGAUCAAUCGGCAGCGCUGGUCGGCCAGUGUGGCUUCAACCCGGGCGAGGCUAAGAACACCUAUGGCACGGGCUGCUUCUUACUCUACAACGUCGGUGAGAAGCCAGUGAUCUCGAAGUACGGGCUCCUUGCUACUGUUGCCUACGAUUUUGGCGGCGGACGGAAACCAGCCUACGCUUUGGAGGGAAGCGUGGCGGUUGCUGGAUCCGGAGUGAAAUUCUUGAUGAACAACAUGGGGUUCAUCAAACACUCGAGCAAGAUUACCGAGUUGGCGGAGAGCGUUGAAGAUAAUGGGGGCGUCGUCUUUGUGACUGCUUUCAGUGGUCUGUUCGCUCCUUACUGGAUUGACGACGCAAAGGGAACAUUGUUUGGCAUCACACAACACACACAACGAGGCCACAUCGCCCGCGCCACCAUUGAGGCGACCUGCUUCCAAACCAAGGCUAUCUUGGACGCGAUGGAGAAAGACUCCGGACACAAACUGGAAGGUCUUGCAGUCGAUGGUGGCAUGUCCACCUCGAACUUGACCAUGCAAACACAAGCAGAUAUCAUCGGCAUCCCCGUCGACAGACCUCUGAUGAGGGAGACGACAGCCCUCGGCGCCGCCAUUGCUGCAGGGUUUGCAGUAGGCACCUGGAAGGAGCUUGACGAGCUGAAGCAGAUCAACAGGGAAGAUAGGACUAUUUUCUAUCCGAAGGUGAACAAGAAGAAGAGUGCGGCUAUGUUCAGGAAGUGGGAGCAAGCAGUCCAGAUGAGUAGGGGCUGGCGAGUUGUUCACGUUCGUGCCGAUAACCUCAGCAUUGUAGAAUAG